AUGUCACAUGAGUCACAUUAUCAUUUGGAGAUGGCAACGACCAAUGGAGAAGUGCAAGAAAUUCGAGAGGAAGAAGAUCCAGAAAUCAGUGAAAUGCACAUAGAAAAUGCUCCAGAAAUGUCGGAUGAAUCGGGUGAUUCGGGAAGAACAAGAACAGAAAGUGCUACCAGCGUUAGUUCAGAAUCAUGGCAGAAUAAUGACGAAAUGAUGGGGAAUUUGCGUCGAGCACAAGGACUUCUUGACCAAGGAGCCACUCCACUUCAAAUUAUUCGCCAAAUUUUCCCAGAUUUUGAUGUUUCUCGAGUUGCGAUGAUGUCGGAAAAUGCUCACUUUGCACUUCUCAGUGAUCUCCUCGAACGAGCACCAAUUCGGCAGAAGCUUCCCGAAUUCAACUCGCUCGCCGAUGCAGUCGAAUUGUUCAAAACUAGAAAGAAUAUCUUAAUUUUGACUGGAGCUGGAGUGUCAGUUUCGUGUGGAAUUCCAGAUUUCCGUAGUAAAGAUGGAAUUUAUGCACGUCUUCGAGGCGAAUUCCCCAAUCUUCCUGAUCCGACCGCAAUGUUUGAUAUUCGGUAUUUCCGAAAUAAUCCGGCUCCGUUUUAUAAUUUUGCUAGGGAAAUUUUCCCCGGUCAAUUCACACCAUCAGUAUCUCAUCGAUUCAUCAAAGAACUCGAAUCAGCUGGACGUCUUCUGCGAAACUACACUCAAAACAUUGACACAUUGGAACAUCAAACUGGGAUCAAGCGAGUCGUCGAGUGUCAUGGCUCUUUCUCAAAGAAUACGUGUACAGAAUGUGGAGAUCAAACGGAUGGAAUGGUUAUUCGGGAGGAUGUUCUCGCAAUGAGAGUGGCUCGUUGUAAAAAGUGUGACGGUGUCAUCAAACCGAAUAUCGUUUUCUUCGGAGAAGAUUUAGGGAAAGAUUUCCAUCGUUGUGUGACUGAAGACAAAAAUAAGGUGGAUCUGAUUGUGGUGAUUGGAUCCUCGUUGAAAGUUCGUCCAGUCGCUUUGAUCCCUCAUUGUGUUGGAAAAGACGUCCCACAGAUUCUGAUCAAUCGAGAAAGUCUCCCACAUUACAAUGCAGAUAUCGAGCUUCUCGGAAAUUGUGAUGAUAUUAUUCGAGAUAUCUGUUUCAGUCUCGGUGGAUCGUUUGCUGAGAUGAUCGCUUCUUAUGAUACGAUUAUGGAGGAAAAGAGGCAAAAAGAGCCCGUGAAGGAGCAUCAUCCGGUUGUAUCUCGUAACAAGCGUCAGCUGAUUUCUCAACAGGAAUUCCUGAAUAUUUGUCUCAGGGAAAAGAAUGGAACUUCAGAAUCCGACGACGAGCCAAACCUGAAAAGACCUAGAAUGUCAACAUCAGACAAUAUGGAUACAGAGAAGGAUGCGUUUCAUGAUAUUCAGAAGCACAAGUCAGAAGACGAUGAAGACACGAUGAAUUCAGAUGAUGUAUUGAAAAAUAUCAAACAUCCUCGUCUUCUGAAUAUUACUGAUAUGUUGAACGAUAAUAAAUGUGUAGCGAUCUCCACAUAUCAAACAGUUUUUCCUGGUGCUGAGUGCUCUUUCGAUCUGGAAACGCAGAAAUUGGUUCGCGAGGUGAAUCACUACGCGCGUAGUGGAUGCUCCACUUCUGAAUCUUCCUCAUCAGAUACUUUAUCCCAGUCGAAUGCUAUUUCCAGAGCACAAUCAAUGGAUGAUUUCGUUUUGUUAGAGGAGCGCCAAAAGCUCAGUUCCGAACAACGGUCCGAUUCAUGUGAUGACAAUUUGCAAUACGAGUUAUCCGAUCCAAUCAAUCCAGAAACUUUCUCAUCGCUUUGUGAACAAAUGCGUAUUCAAUAA